UUAAAUAAAAUACAGCGCCGCACCUUCUGUCCCUCUUUUUUCUUCUUCCUUCUUUCUAUUCCCCAUUCCUUUUUUCGUUCUAUCUUCCUUUUCCUUUUUCUUCUUCAACCCGCCGCUGCUGCCUACGAGAUUGAAGGGAAACCAUCUUCCAUCUUCGGGGGCCGACGAACUCUCAGGGUCCCGUGUAGCUCCGGCCCUGGCUGCGGUUUAACUUUUAUGGAUACUUCCAGAAAUGCCUUGUUCUCUUUGGGACUUGCGACUAUCACGUAAGUUGGAUUUUCGGGCAUGGUGUGUAAUCCGUAAAGCUAGUAACUGUCGUCUUUCUACAGUGCCUUUGUUGGAUGACUCGGACUCGGACUGUUUCACUUGUAACUCUGAAAGCAGUUCAGAAAGUGAUACUAAUACAUCUUUUAGAGGAAAUAUCUGUAAUACAAAUAUCAUUAGGUUGUUUACCAGUGUUGCUGCUGUGGUCAAGUCCUUAAAUUGGGAUAUUGCCAGAAAAAUGCAUUUUGCUGGAGCUGUAGGAAAGUGUGGUUUUGAUUAUUCCCUCAUGGCCUUGAAGAUGUUUGUACAUGUGUACGCUUCUGCUAAGUUAGAAAAGGAAGUGUUUUCGUUGCUUAGAGGUAUGGUUAAGUAUUAUGAGAAGUCUGAUACCAGUUUAUAUGAUGCAGUCUAUGUAUUAUUGGAUUCGACUAGAGAUUUAGAAGGAUCCACUUUCAUAGUGAAUGUGCUAAUCAAGGUUUUAGCAUCGAAUAGGAUGCUUGAGAAUGCGGUGAAUUUGUUUAUGCAGGCAAGGAGAAUUGGAAUUCAACCUGGCAUUCGCCAGUGCAAUUUCUUGCUCAAGUGUUUGAAAGAAGUUAAUGAGAAAAGGUUUCUUUUAGAAUUAUUCGAAGAAAUGAAGCAGUAUGGACCAUUUCCUACUACAUACACCUACACAAUUAUAAUGGGUUUCUACUGCAGUGGAUUGGAUGGCCGAGUUAGUGUAGUAGAUAUGGAGAAAGCAACUAAUAUUCUAGAAGAAAUGCAGACAGUUGGAAUUAUCCCUUCCACUGUGACAUACAGCACAUACAUUCUUGGAUUGUGCAGAGUUGGAGCCGUUGACCUUGCUUGGGAUCUUAUCCACACCUUGAGGCAGGAUAACCUGCCACUCAAUUGUUACUGUUAUAAUGCUGUUGUUCAUGGGUUUGUGAACAAAGGUGAAGUUGAUAUGGCUAUGCAGGUUUUCUAUGAAAUGAAGAACUGUGGAAUAGCAGUGGAUGUAUAUAGCUUCAGCAUUCUGAUUGAGGGAUAUUGUAGAAUUGAAAAUUUUGAUGCAGGUCUUGGUUUAUUUGAAGAGAUGAUUAAAAGUGGCAUUAAACCAUCAUUAGUAACCUAUAGCUCAGUUUUAAAAGGUUUCUGUCGAAGCGGGAUGAUGAAGAUGUCAUUGGAUUGGUUUCAGAAGAUGGAGACUUCUGGAUAUGCAUAUGACCGGCAUGUUUACAAUGUUUUAAUUUCUGGGUUUUGUGCUCAGGGAGAGAUGGAUUUUGCAAUAAAAAUUUUCGAGGAGAUGAGGAGUAGUAAAGUGGUGCCUAAUGCAGGCACUUAUAAGAGUUUGAUUAUAGGAUUCUGUAAAAUUGGUUCCUUUGAGAAAGCUUUGAAGUAUUUUGAUGAAAUGACAGGAACUGGUUCUCUACCUGAUUCUCUCACCUGCAACUAUGUGAUAUAUGGGUAUUGCAGCUUAGGGUUCAUAAGUGAAGCCCUGCAACUAAUGGAUAAAAUGAGGGACUCGUGCAUGUUCCCAAAUAUAUUUUCCUACAGUGCAGUUAUCAACCACCUAUGUAAAGAGCAUCGGUCCGAAAGGGCUCUAGAGCUUAUCCCGUUUAUGCUCAAAUGUAAUACUCUUCCUAGUGUUGUGAUCUAUAGCACCCUUAUUGAUGGUUUUUCAAAGCAGGGGAAUCCUACUAAGGCUUGUAUGUUGUACACAAAAAUGCUGAAAGUCGGCAUACGCCCUGAUUUGGUCACAUACACAAUUCUCAUUAAUAUGUUAUCUGCCAUAGGAAGAGUGAAAGAGGCGUAUGAUAUGUUCGGAGAAAUGGUAUCUGAGGGCUUAUGUCCCGAUGACAUUGCUUAUACCUCAAUGAUAGAUGGAUUUUGUCAAAGCGGAGAUAUGAAGACAGCAUGGGGUUUGUUCCAAGAAAUGGUGCAGAAAGACAUUUUACCUACGGUUGUUACUUACACAUGCCUGAUUGAUGGGUUUUGUAAGAUUAGGUCCAUGAAUUUGGUCAAUAUGCUAGUCAAUGAAAUGAAACAGAAGAACAUUAAUCCUGAUGUGGUUGCCUCCAUUGUUCUCAUUCGUGGGUACCUGAAGCUUGGUUGUGUUGGUGAUGCUCAGAAGUUAUUCAAUCAAAUGAAAAAAAGUGGGCUGCUUUACGAUGGAAUUACGUUGGAAUCAUUAGGGAACUGGAGGGUGGGAGUUGGGGAGAGGGCAACCCAAAGGUUCUGGAAAGUAGCAAACGUUGGUGGCGAAUUUGGGUCGGACCGCACUGGAAACAAUAGGAAGUAGCUUGACACCUUACACAACGACAAUUCAGACCAGGAGAAUGGUUCAAAAAAAUCUUUCCGUCACUCAAAGGAAGGCUUUAUCAAUUUGCAUUCUUUCAGCUUCUGGAGGAGUCUCCAGUGUUGAACUGCUCAAACCUGGUUCACCUGAUAUUGUUAUAGGGCAUGAGGGGUUCUUUAUGGUGGUGUCACGGGAUUUUCACGUAGUGUAGGAGCACCAAUCCAACCAUGGCUUCCAUGCAAACAAGUUUGGCAUCAGCUGUUUGCAACAACAGAAACCAUUCUAUUUUGCGAAAUAUACUGAGCAGCUCUUCUUGCGGGGGACUGAUGUUACUGGUCAUGUCUCUACCAUUCAAAGAAAGGGUAUGUUCCCUUCUGCUUUUUAUGGCCCGGAAGUUACUUUGACGUUCUAUCCCCCGGCUGACAAUAAAGAGAUGGUUAAGCAACAGAAGCACACUGUUGAUCCCAAUGCCCCUGAUUUCCUUCCACUUCCUUCCUUUGAAGAAUGUUUUCCCAAAAGCACAAUAGAAUACUUGUGAGCUAUUUGUUUGAUCUUUUCAGGCUGCAUUACCUUUGAGAGUUUAUGGCUCCUGACGAUGUGAUUGAUCAAUGAAAGUUUGUUGUUAGUCGCUUGUUGAUUUGUUUGUUCCACAAAGGAAUGAUGUGGUGUUUGUGUUUUAGGGAAGUUGUACACUAGCAAUCAGGUCAUCUGCUGAGAGUUCCCUUUCGUUGAAUCCACAUAUCUGGACAUGAGCCUCAUUGUGAUGCCUGUGAUACAAGCAGCCCACAAAACAUCAACCCACUUCUUUGUUUUCUGAAAUUGAGGAAGGAAUGGAUUGAAAAACCAGAAAAAUUGGGUGGACCUAGGUACUAAAGAGGGAAUGAUUACAGAGGAGAUGGCCUUCUGUCCAGCUUGGGAAAAGCUUGACCCUUCUGCUCCAGUACAUCCCAUUAACAGCUAAGCAAAAAUGACUGCCAUUGUUUCGAGUGGUGGAUCGAUACAUGUAAAAUGGCGCUUGGCUUAUCACAAAGAGAACUUUGCAUAUGAGCAUUGGGAUGAUAUCCUAGAUAUCUGCAACCAAUACGAUGUAUCACUGUCCAGUGGAGAUGUAUUGAGGCCUGGAUCAUUAUAUGAUGCAAAUGAUAAAGCUCACGUUACCGAAUUCUUGAUCCGAGGAGAAUUGACCCGUCAUGCAGGGAAAAAGAUGUGCAGGUGAUGAAUGAAGGCCAGGCCAUGUUCCGAUGCACAAUAUUCCUGAGAGAACAUGCUGAAGAACACGGUUACGGGACUGCUGAGGAAGCAGUUUAGCAGGGUAUGGAAGCUGCGAGUGCUGAACUUUUAGCUGCAAAGAAAACUAUCAGUGGGGAACAGCAUGGUGAGGUUGGAGGCAAAAUCUACCUGCCUGAGGAUUAUAUAAAGUCCAGGAGCAGCUAAAGAGGUUUCUUUGAGGUGACUUUACUACAUGGCUUGGAACCACCUGCGGUAUGUUGCAUGGUUGCUGAGUUUAAAAUGAGGUGUUCAAAACCUCUCCUGCGAGCAAUAGGGAUGGAGUAUUUGAAAUCUUGAGCUUGGAUCCAUAGUUUUGUCUGCAGAUACUAUUCAGGCCUUUGUGUUCUCAACUUGGAUCUACAAUGUUUUCUAGCCUUUUUUCGUAAGGUGUUUUCAUCGUUCCAAUGUUUGUGGAUCAGAUCCAUUGUCAUCAACUUGGUAGUUGAACCAAGCUAGGGAUUAAUCUAUUGUAUCUGUAGAAAUUGAAAUUUCUGUCAGCAUUAAAUUUUUGUAGAAUUCCUUCAUCUGAUUUGCUGAUAUGAUGUUCCAUCGGGGGUCUUGGCACGCCGGAUUGCUCCAUAUAUGCAGCUUUGCUGACAAUGGUGAAGCGAAGCCUAGACUGCUUUGAGUGUUACAGCAAAUACAGAUUUGGAUUGAAAAUGUUGUGUUUGUGUAUAGAGAAAGCAAAAGGCAGAUAAGAGAAUGAUGGAGAAAUGGCUUGAGAAAUGUUUCAAUUUUUCGAGGCAUUCUUUAAA